AUGUGAUAUUAUCUCAUAUCAGGAGUUUUUAUAGCUCUAUUAUUGUACAGCUGAUUCUCUAAAAAAUCCCCAGAAAGUCCCCAAACAAAGCGAUUUUCUUAUAAGACCUUUGAUGAUAAUAAUGAGCCUUCUGCCUUUUCUAUAACAACUUUCAAUACCCUAGCCGACAUGUUCACUCAUUUCCACUACUACACAAAACCCUCCUAUCUCGACUUCAACUAUAGAUUUCCUCUUAUCCAAAGUUUUCUAAAAGAGCUUGACUCAGACUUCAUAGCCCUAGAAGAGGUUGACAAAUAUCCCGAAUUUGAGUCUUUUUUAUCCUCAAUAGAAUAUAGAAGUAAUUUUAUCGAAAGAAGCUCAAUGAAAGCAAGAGACGGCUUAGUCCUCGCAUGGAAGUGGAAAAAAUACCAUCAAAUAGAAACCAAAAGAAUUGAUUAUAAUUCUCAUUGAAAAUGUGACACAAAUAUUAACUAUAAAAAAGACAAUGUUGGGUUUGUGAGUGUGUUUGAAGAAAGGCAAAGCAAAAAAUUGAUAGUAAUCGCAUGCACACAUUUAUAUUGGGACCCGAAGCUGGAAUAUGUGAAAUAUGCGCAGGCUGCAAUGCUGAUUGAUGAAGUGAUAAAAAUGAAAAAUAAAUAUCAAUGUCCAGUUGUCAUUUGUGGGGAUUUUAAUUCGAUGCCUUUUAGCAAUGUUUUGAAUUUAUUUUAUGGGAAGCCUUGGAAACCAACUGGGAAUAAAGAAAUUGACUUAGAAAUCGAAUCUUUGAGGAUAAAGCCGUGGUUUAAGUUUAGGUCAUAAUUAAAUAUGGCGUCUCAACUUGAGUCUGGCCUCUCGGCCAGACAGUUUCGAGCCCUAUUUAAUUAUAUCCGGCAAGGUUUUGCCUAGCUAGAGAUGGACAGCAAUAUCAGGUAAGCAAUUCUGGCAGUGUGCAGAGCCUGAUCCUAGUCCGUUCUCAGGUUAGGAUUUUUACCUCGAAGGAAAAGGAGGCUUGGAGUUGGAAAGGGAAGCCCAGCAGUGCCUACAGGUAAUUCCUAGGCCAUCCGGGCAAGUCCCUAGCGAGAAACCGGGAGUUUCGCCCUGGGCUACAAGUUUUCCUUUUUGCCGAAAGUCGGCCAGAAAUUCCAUUUUUUGGAAAUUUCCUAGCAGACAGCCUUCGUUACAGAGAAAGUAGCUCAUUCAUGAGCCGUCGAAGCCGGAACAUCGUGCAGGAGGCGCACGUUGGAGAUCAAAGCCAGCUGUCCCAGCAACUGGUGGGCCCCGAGCGACGAGAGCGUGGUGGUAGUCCUGGAAGAGCAAUCCCGUAGGAGACGUUAAACGUCAUGGUUAAUAAGUUAAGUUAGGUUUAAGUUUAGGUCUGCAUAUGAAAGAUAUGACGGUAAGGCACAUCCAAAGUUCAGCAACUUUACCUUGAAUUUUAAUGGUUGUAUAGAUUACGUUUUUCAUACGUUUGAGCUUAAGCCAAAGAGAAUUUUGAUGAUCCCGAAUGAAGAGGUUGCUACUAAGGAAGGAGCGUUGCCAAAUAGUGAAUAUCCUUCAGAUCAUUUACCUUUAAAAGUUGAGUUCAGUAUGAGCUAA